AGGAACGAAAGGAGGCGGCUCUAGCUGGGCCUGGCGCCUCAGGAACGAGACGCGCCUCCUUCCCGCCCUCUCUCCUUUCCUUCCCUCCCUCAACGGCGGCGGCCCUGAGGUAAAGUUGCUGCGUCGUCGUCGUCCACGCCUCCUCGGGAUUCAGGGAGGGCGGCGAAGGCUUCUCCAACCUCCUCCUCCUCCUCUUCUUCCUCGUCUCUUCGGCGAAGACGUCUCGGGCGAGCUGAGGUGGCAGCAAUUGGGUUGAAUCAAAAUAAGGAUUUUCCUUCUGCAUGGCACAAUAAUGCAACAAAACCAGUAAUUUUCCUGCUAGUAUAGCAAUUGAAGCCCAUACAGCUACGUGUGAAAAAAUGUCUCCAGAAAUUUCAAGACAAAAAGGUGUGUGGCGACAAACCAGAGCUCUUUUAUAUAAGAAUUGCCUAGUAAAAUGGAGGACUAAAAAGAGCAGUGUUCAGGAAGUCUUGCUUCCACUUUUCUUCUUGUUUUGGCUAAUAUUAAUGAGCAUGAUGUAUCCAAACAAGAAAUAUGAUGAGGUUCCUGAUUCUGAUUCUUAUUCUGUGGACCAUUCCAGUAUAUCUGAGUUUAUUGUUGGUUAUACACCAGCGAGUGAAAUGACAAGAAAAGUCAUGCACAAGAUGUCUGCAGAAUAUUUUACAGAAGGAAUAAUUACAGAAGAAUUUCUAAGUGAGCAAGAAAUGCAAGAAGCUAGUGUUCGCAGCCCUCGAAACUUUGUGGGUGUAAUUUUCAUGGAUUCUAUGUCCUACCAGCUCAGGUUUCCUCCUGAAAAGGUUCCAGUAUCUGCAAUUCAUGUGGAAUCAAGAGCUAGUUGUCCAAGGCCUUCCAAGAUAUGUGAAGCUGAAAAAUACUGGCACUAUGGAUUCACAGCUCUACAGAUGUGCAUUGAUGCAGCAAUAAUACAGUUGAAAACUAAUCACUCAGUUUUGGAAGACCUGGAACAAACAAAAGCUAUCAUGAUGGGAGAAUCUGCCAUUAUGGAAAUAGAUAAUUCUCCUCGGGCAAUCAUUUUAAUUUACCUCGUAAUUGCCUUUUCACCCUUUGGUUGUUAUUUGGCAAUUCAUAUUGUGGCAGAAAAAGAAAAGAAAUUGAAAGAGUUUUUAAUGAUUAUGGGGCUUCAUGACACUGCCUUUUGGCUUUCUUGGGUCCUACUGUACACCAGUCUGAUAUUUGUCAUGUCCCUUCUCAUGUCGGUCAUUGCAACAUACUCUUGGCUCUUUCCCAAAAGUAGCAGCUUUGUGAUCUUUCUUCUUUUUUUCCUAUAUGGAACAUCCUCCGUCUUAUUUGCAUUUAUGUUGACUCCUCUUUUUAAAAGAUCAAAACAUGUUGGUACGGUGGAAUUUUUGUCGACCUUGGCUUUUGGUUUUGUGGGCCUAACGAUUGUCCUAAUGGAGGAUUUCCCAAAAUCAUUUGUGUGGUUCCUAAGCCCUUUGUGUCAAUGCACAUUUUUAGUUGGUGUUGCACAGGUUAUGCAUCUAGAAGAUUAUGAGGAAGGAGCUGUUUUCUCAAAUUUAACUCAUGGUCCAUAUCCAUUAGUUAUUGCUCUUAUGCUACUGGCCCUUGAUAGUAUGCUUUACCUGCUCCUGGCAGUAUAUCUGGAUCAGGUUAUUCCAGGGGAAUAUGGAUUACGGCGAAGUAUUUUCUUCUUCCUAAAGCCUUCAUUUUGGGCAAAACGAACUAGGAAUUAUAAGGAAUUAAAUGAGAGCAGCAUUAAUGGGAACUUAGAUUUCAGUGAGAUAAUUGAACCUGUAUCUUCCGAAUUCCAGGGAAAGGAAGCUAUCAGAAUCAACGGUGUCCAGAAAUCUUUUGUUAAAAAGGGUGAAACUGUGGAGGCUCUGAAAAGUUUAACAUUUGAUAUAUAUGAAGGCCAGAUCACAGCCUUGCUUGGACAUAGUGGAACAGGAAAAACAACAUUAACGAACAUUCUUUGUGGAUUAUGCCCACCUUCUGAUGGAUUUGCAUCAAUCUAUGGAUAUAAAGUUUCUGAAAUAGAUGAAAUGCUAGAUGCAAGAAAGAUAACAGGAGUGUGCCAGCAGUUAGACAUAUAUUUUGAUGUCUUAACAGUGCAAGAAAAUUUAUCAAUAGUUGCGUCAAUUAAAGGGAUACCUCCUAAUGAUAUGAUACAAGAAGUUCAGAAGGUUUUGCUAGAUUUGGAUAUGCAGCCCAUUAGAGAUAACCAAGCAAAGAAGCUCAGUGGAGGACAGAAAAGAAAACUAUCAAUUGGAAUGGCAAUUCUUGGAGAUCCAAAGGUAUUACUCUUGGAUGAACCAACAGCUGGCAUGGAUCCAUGCUCUCGACAUAUAGUUUGGAACCUCCUGAAAAACAGAAAAGCUAAUCGGGUGACAGUGUUCAGUACCCAUUUCAUGGACGAAGCAGACAUUAUUGCAGAUCGGAAAGCUGUGAUUUCCCAAGGAAUGCUGAAAUGUCUUGGCUCUUCCCUCUUCCUUAAAUCAAAAUGGGGAAUUGGCUACCGCUUGAGUAUGCACAUAGACAGGUACUGUAACAUCGAAGGCACAGCCUCUUUGAUCAGGCAGCACAUCCCUGAAGCCAGCAUGUUAAAGCAGAAUGAAGAGCAACUUGUAUAUGCCUUACCUUUCAAAGACAUGGACAAGUUUUCAGCACUGUUUGCUGAUCUAGACAUUCAUUCCCAUUUGGGUGUUAUUUCUUAUGGAGUUUCCAUGACAACCUUGGAGGAUGUGUUUCUCAAGCUGGAAGCUGAAGCUGAAAUUGACCAAGCAGAUUUCAGUGUAUUUAGCCCAGAGCAAGCUGGAGAGGAAAUGGACACCACAUCGAUUGAUGAAUUAGAGCAAAGCUUACUCAUGCUGUCUGGGACAAAAUCUACUGUACUGAGCAAUAAAUCCCUUUGGAAAAAGCAGGUCCUUACAAUGGCAAAGGUUCAUUUCCUUAACUUGAAACGUGAAAUUAAGUCAGUGACAGCUGUGUUCUUGCUAUUCACAAUAUUUCUUGUUAUGCAGAUUUCUAUGUUUAUUAUACAUAAUUACUUCAAAAAUGCUGUGGUUCCUAUAAAACUCUCCCCAGACCUAUAUUUUCUUAAACCCAAUGAAACACAUCAUAAGUACAAAACUAAUCUCCUUGUUCAAAAUGCCACUGAAGCCAACAUUGAUGAUAUCAUCAGCUCUCUUAGGAACCAGAACAUACUGACAGAGAUAGUCAAUGGCAGUGAUUAUGGAUCAGCUGAUUCCCUGAGUACAGUAUUAAAUAGCAGUGGUUAUGUGUCAUAUGCUCCACACAGUGCAGCACUGAAAGUGUUAAACAUAGACAAGAGCUAUGUUUUUACAGCUGCUUUUAACCGCACAAUGGUCCAUUCUUUACCUAUUAUGAUGAAUAUCAUUAGCAACCUGUAUCUGCACAGUUUAAAUGUGACUGAAAGUAUCCAUGUCUGGAGUAACCCUUUUUUUCAAGAAAUUACAGAUAUAGUCUUCACAUUAGUACUAUACAUUGAAGCUCUGUUACUAGGAGUCAUUGUAACUGGGAUGCCACCAUAUUUUGCUAUGGAGAAUGCAGAGAAUCAUAAGAUCAAAGCCUACACUCAGUUGAAGAUUUCGGGCCUUUAUCCUUCUGCUUACUGGUGUGGACAGGCACUAGUGGACAUUCCAUUGUUUUACUUUAUUCUUCUCCUUAUGAUAGGAAGUUUGUUUGUAUUCCAUUAUGGAGUUUACCUUUUUCCUGAGAAGUUUCUUGCUGUGGUUUUUUGCCUUAUUGGCUAUGUACCAUCAGUAGUUCUGUUCAAUUACGUUGUCUCUUUCACCUUCAACACGAUACAGAACACAAAAGAAUUUUGGUCAUUUGUUUUUUCAGUGGCAGCCUUGGUUUGUUCAAUUGUCAUUGAAAUAGCUUUCUUUAUGUGGCACUAUACAGCAGCUGCUAUUCUUCAUACCUGUUUUUCUAUCUUUGUUCCAAUUUAUCCUCUUAUUGGAUGUCUGAUUUCUUUUAUAAAGAUAGCCCGGAAGCUUGAUCACAAGAUGGAAAGAAAUUCAGAAAGAUUGUUGGUCUCAGUAGUAGCGCCUUAUUUACAAUGUGUGAUUUGGCUCUUUCUUCUGCGCUAUCUUGAGGUGAAAUGUGGAGGCAGAUCAAUGAGAGAAGACCCAUUUUUCAGAAGUCCUAUGAAACUCAAGCCCUGGAAAUUUCCAGAUGUGCCACAUGAUGAGGAUGAGGAUGAAGAUGUUAUGGCCGAAAGGUUGAGAGUUAAAGAGAUGACAACCUGCCAGAGUUGUGAGGAGAAACCAGCGAUUUUGGUCAGCAGUUUACAUAAAGAAUAUGAUGAAAAGAAAGAUUUUCUUCUCGGAAGAAAAAUAAAGAAAGUGGCAACUAACCAUGUCUCUCUUUGUGUAAAAAGAGGAGAAAUCCUGGGAGUGCUGGGUCCUAAUGGAGCUGGGAAGAGCACACUAAUUAAUAUUCUGGCAGGAGAGGUGGAACCAACCUCAGGCCAGGUGCUGAUGGGAGAUUAUUCUUUAGGUGAGAGUAAUGAGGAGAAUUCCAUGAGAUUUGUGGGAUACUGUCCACAGACAAAUCCACUUUGGCCUGAUAUCACGUUGCAGGAGCAUUUUGAAAUUUUUGGUGCUAUCAAAGGAAUGAGUGAAAUGGACAUGAAGGAAGUCAUAAAAUGCAUUUCUAGUGCCCUUGACUUUAAGGAACAUCUACAGAAAAGAACAAAGAAACUUGGGGCAGGCAUCAAAAGGAAGUUAUGUUUCGCCUUAAGUAUGCUUGGGAACCCUUAUAUUACUCUAUUAGAUGAGCCAUCUACUGGUAUGGAUCCUAAAGCAAAACAGCACACGUGGAAAGCAAUUCGAGCAGCCUUUAAAAGUAAACAGAGAGCAGCUAUUCUGACAACCCAUUAUAUGGAAGAAGCAGAAGCUGUGUGUGAUCGGGUAGCAAUCCUGGUCUCUGGAAAAUUAAGGUGUAUUGGAACAGUUCAGCAUCUCAAGAGUAAGUUUGGCAAAGGAUAUUUCUUAGAAAUGAAAUUAAAAGAAGUCCCUGAUAUGCAGAAGAAGGAGUAUUUUCAGAGGGAGAUAAUGCGCAUCUUUCCAAAUGGAAGUCACCAGGAAAGUUUUGCCUCAAUUUUGGCAUAUAAAAUUCCAAAGGAGGAUGUCCAUUCUCUCGCACUGUGUUUUUCUAAACUAGAGGAAGCAAAGCAUGCCUUCGAUAUUGAGGAAUACAGCUUUUCCCAAGCAACACUUGAACAGGUAUUUGUGGAACUUGCUAAAGAACAAGAAGAAGAUGACAAUUUUGGAACUCUAAACAGCACCCUUUGGUGGGAACGAGCCCAGGGAGAGAGGGUUGUUUUCUGAUUUGUCUGUUUUCUGUUGUAAAAUUAAAUUGAUUCAUUCUACAGGUUUUUCCCCAGAAUAAUUGUUUUUGUUAUUUUCAGUUGUUUUCUUCUUGUGUGUGCACUAAGCACUAUGAAUUAUAGAAACAUAUUCCCAAGCAAUUCAGAGUAUGAUAAUAAUUCCAUCAUCUAAGAACAAAAGAAAUUGAGCCUGUUCACCUAAUUUGCCUUACAUACACCAACAUAGUGAAUAUAUUUGUUUUUAUCACUUGCUCUUUUUAGGUACAACAUUUUAUAAUAAAAGCAGAAAGAGGGCAGCAUAGGAUUUGAUUUUGAAGGCAAUAUGUUUUCUAUUCUAGGAACUCAUGUACUGUAUUUCAUUGGCACACAGUGUGUGGCAUUAAUAUUAUUACUAAAAAACCUACAACAGGUUCAACAAUCUUAUUACAUACUUUUAUAUGUGCUGCAAUUUAAGGAGUUUAAUUUCAGGGAACAUAAUCUCCCAAAGCAGGAAGAGUUAUCCUGUGAUAUCACGUAACAGAUAUUUGCAGCUUUAUAAUAAUUGGUUCAUUAUGGACAUUUUCCACAAUAACUUUUUGCUAAAGGUCAUGUUUGCACGUUUUACAGUUACCCUACAAAUUUUAUCACAAAUUCUGCACAAAUUUUAUAUAGGUUUAAUCAUAAAUUGUAUGUUCGUUUAUUAUAUACGUUUAACCUGAAACUACCUGUCUUUUAGAAAUCACUAUUUAGAUGGCUCAAAGUUUAGGUAUACUUUAACUUUAAUGAGACAUUAAAUAGUAUACUUUGAAUUUAAUAUGUAUGUUUCUUUUUGAAACUUUAAUCAAAAUUUGAUGGAAAUUUUAAUGGGGAUCUCCUUUGUAUACUUUUUAAUGAGGCUAUGCAUUAUUUGAGUUGGAGUCAAUAUUUGAAGUACUUACUUGCUCCAAUGUUAUUGAAGCAAUUGUGCAUGCGAGUAAGUGACUUAAUGCAUUUAUCCUGUAUUCCUCCUUAAAAAGGCCCUUUCAUUUAAUCUUAGUCUGAACGCUAAUCAAUUUUUUUCCAAUUUUACAAGUAAGAUGGGUAUAAUCAGCAUUUCUCUAAGUUCAAAUACAUACUUUUGCCAGAGUGAAGUCACAAACGUAUAUUGUACUUGCACCUUAAGCCACUUGGAAUUCUUGCUUAUCAUUGGACAGACUCCAAAUAUAAGCUCAUUAAUGUAAAAUAUACUGAGACUACCAACUAUAUAGUUGUUUGUUAUGAAUGGUAAGAUUACGUUGUGUCAUGGUUGCGAGUUACACAGAAGACUAUACUGCAUGCACAGGUAUAUUUGAAAAGUUUGCACAAAUGCUCUUCCAUUUUUACAAAUGCAAAUUGUGAAAACCAAAUGUGUAAAUCCCUGUACAUGCCUUAAUUAUGUAUAGCAUGUAAACCCAUUGCAUCAUAUUGUUAGUUUUUGUGGAAUUUCCAUAUAACAAAAAUCUGCCAUAUCUUUGGUGGGUUGUCCUUUUCCGUGUUCCAUUUCCAAGUUCUUUCUUGGACUAAAAUAGUAGCCACAUGCAGCAGAACCUUGUCUUUACUUUUGUGAUGAUGAUGAUGAUAACUAACUAUAGGAAAACAAUAACGAGUUUGUUCCAUUAUCGUUGAGAGAUGAAAUAAAAGUUUAUGUUUGAUAUA